GGACAGAGACCACGAAAGAUAUGGACUUCGAUGAUGAGGACUCACAGGAGUACAGAGACGUGCAGAGCACCCUUCCGGACGGAUACACCAUUCGCAAGGUCGCCAUCGACAGGAAAACCGCGCGCAAGUACCGUCUCACAAUAGCCGUUACCUCUGCUGGUGAUGCGGACCGGCUGAAGUGGCGCAGCCGAUGGAUCACAAAGGGGAAACCGCGUGCGCGGCUGGCUUCUGCCGAGCGUGAGUGCAUCGAUGAGCUGUCGCUCUUGACAUGGUUGGACCUUCAGGCAAUGAGCGCUACUGCUGAGGGUGUGCCAAGCGCACCUACGCGCGACGGCAUGCUGCGAGAUGCAGCCCCAGAACCUGGUUCUCUCAAAGAACCUGGCGUUGGAGGCACACGGAAGAGGCCGCGCAACGCAUGUUGGGGUGGCACCAGAGAGGGCGCUGGACGAAUGAAGGGGAGCGUCGGCAAGAGGGCCACACGGGAGCGAGCUAUUGCCUUGCGGCAGCAACUCACGCAGGCCAUCCCCGACGCUUUUGAACUCUCCUGUUGGCAGCUGGAGGAAGCCUUGGCAGUGUGGAAGGAGAUCGAGCCUGAGCUUGUCGACAAGGCCAGGAAGAAAUUCCUGAACAAGGGGUACAGCCAAUCGCAGGCGCUGAAAAAGAUGAAGCGCGCUCGAGAUGCGGAAGCGAGGGUGGUGAUGAGGGAUGUGGUGGCCCACGAUUUUCGUGAAGAGCAGCUGAAGUACUUUGCGAAGGUCAGGAGGGACGCUGCGGUGGUCAUCAGCGCAUCAGCAGUCGAGGAGGAGGAUGAUGUCCCUUCUGCAGCCAAGAGCCUGUCCAACUACCAGCGAGGAGAGAUUGUUGUGCAUGCACUCACCUUGGCGGAACUGUACAGACAACAGAACGACGGCGUCGAUCGCGAGACCGCUCUACAGAUGGCGGCAGAGACGGGAUUUUGUACCCCCGACACCGUGCGCGAGUGGGAAAGAAGUUUCCUCGCGCGCGGUCACAUCAAGGUCUCUGCAGCGGGGCGCUUUCAGCGGAACUUUCUCUUGGGGCUCGACAACAGCAUACUCACCGAGUGCAAGGACUGGACGCGCGCUUGGGGUGGGAUACUCAAGGGACAGGCGAACAAAACAGCCGAGGACUUCCGCCAGUUCGUCAACACCGACAUCAUGCCCAAGAUUGAGGCGCUGAUGACGCCUGACUACGACCCUUUCAAGGGGCUGCGAGUCAACCUGGUGGAAGUAAAAAAGGGUGAGCCCAAGAAGCGACACAUUUCGAUUUGGACUGCAACAGCGUGGCUAAAAAAGCUUGGGUGCGAGUACCACCAAGGCAAGGGUGGCUUGUACUUCGAUGGGCACGAUGACGAGAAGGUCUUGGAGUACCGAAACGACACGUACCUUCCGGAGCUUUUCAAGACCCGCGACUACAUGGAGGUUUGGAUUCCGAUGGAGGUAGCUGAAGCGGAGACAUGGGGUGUAUCGACAUCACGCGUGGGCGAUUUCGACAGAACAGACGACGGCGGAGUGUGGGUCGGUGUUGACGAUCUGGAGCCAGUCUUGACGGACUUACCGAAAUCGCUGCAGGAACGAGUGACGAGCAAGCUACGGUACGAGGACGGCAAGAUGGCGCUUCUCUGCUACCAGGACGAGAGCAUCUUCAGAGCCAACGACGACCAAAAAGCCGCGUGGUGGGCGCCAGACGUGCACGUGGUGAGGAAGAAAUCGCCCGGGCAGGGUAUCAUGGUGUCGGGAACCAUCAUUCACAACGUUGGAUUCGUCUCGGCCACGAAGCGGGAGAUCAAGUCCGCCGAGCAGCUCCGCAGGAAGCGUUGCAACGCCUCGGCUGCUGCAGCUAAGCGAGGGGAGAACGUGAAAGUCGAGGUUUACCGGCGGAUCGACAAGCUGUACGUCGACGAGGAAGGCAACUACUGGUCUUACCACCUCUUUGAGUAUGGCAAGAACAAGGAGGGGUACUGGACUGGCCUCAAGAUGCUCGACCACAUGUCGGACGUCAUCGACAUGCUUGCGAUCAAGUACCCCAACCACAAACCAGUGGGGCUGUUCGACUGGUCGUCCUGCCACGACUGCUUGGAGGAAGGCGCACCAACGGUGAAAAGGAUGAACGUGGGACACGGUGGGAAGAGGCAGGGAGAAGAGAUCGCCGGGAUGGAUGCCGUUACCCUGAGGGAAGACACCCCUAACCUCGGAAAGGGCUCCAUCCAGCACUUGGUUUUUCAACCAGGAGACGACCCCCCGAUGUACGCUCCGCAUCUAGCGCCGGCGGAGUACGUAGGGAAGCUGAAAGGCAUGCGGCAGAUCUUGUGGGAGAGGGGGCUCCUGAAGGACGGCAUGAGCAAGUCGGGGGGCAGCGGCACGAAGCAGGACCUCAGCAUGAGCAUGGAGCACGUCCUGGGCGAGCAGAAGGACUUUAAGGAAGUGGAGUCCAGCCUAGCGCUCCUGAUGGCGCGCCACGGGGGGUUCUGUAUCAUGCUCCCCAAGUACCACUGCGAGUGCAACCCCAUAGAGCUAGUUUGGGGCCGCGCCAAGGACUGGACACGCAAGCAUUGCAACUACUCAUUAGAUGCACUGCGGGAAAACGUGCCGUUGAGCUUUAGAGUAGAGCCUGAUAGGCAAGCCGUGGGAACGGUGCAGGCGUACUGCAAGAAGUCGUACACACAUAAUUUGGUGUACCGUGAUACGCGUGCUGUAGGGCCUGAGGGAGAGAAACACUACCAAACGUACAAAUCGCACAGGCGCCCAGCACCAUCUGAGUACAAGCUCAAGGCUGCGAAUGCCCCCUAA